AAAAAAAAAACACGUUAGUUGCCGCCGGCGAUUCCCCUGUCUUCUCUCAAUCGUCGUCGCCGGCGAUUCGUCAGCCGUCUCUGUGUCUGGCGCCGUCUUGCUUCCUCUUGAUUUCAGCUUGAAGCUUCCUAUAUAUUGGUUUUGGAUCUACAUUACAUCAAAGGUUAUCAAUGGAAAACAAUCUAGGAAGCACGAGUAAGACAUCAGCCACUACUAAGGAGUUUCCCAAGCUCCUUUUCGGACAUGGUAAAGAGCCUGAAGUUGAGAAAAUUAACAACAGCUGCAGAUUAUCGAUACUUAGGAAAAUCAAAGAUGCUUUGCCACUAGAGUAUAAGAAAGUGAAGUCUGAUCCUCUGUUUGCACAAGUCUUCGCCAUAUACGAAAAUGGUUUACAUUAUUCGGGUCGUCUGAUGCACAGCCUAAUGUGUAGACAGUUGGUAACAAGAAAACAGCAUGAGCUCUGGUUUGUGUUUGGAAACAAGCCUCUCCGAUUUUCUUUGCAAGAGUUCUACGCAGUGACUGGGCUGAAAUACAAUGAUGAUUUCAAGUAUGAUUUAGAUACUUGGAAAGAUGAUAAGGGGUUUUGGAGCAAGUUGCUGAAAAGAGAGGAGAAGAUAUGCAUUAAGACGAUGAUGUCUACGCAUCUAGGAGCAGUUCACAAGGGGUUUUGUAUGACCUUUGUUUUUUUUCCUAAUUAUUUAGGCGUUUUAUGAAAGUAAGUUUCUUGAGUUCGUCUCUAAUAUCUCCUUUUAGCUCGAGCAAGAUGAUUUUUUGUUCUC